AUAAAAGCCUCAAAAUGGCAGCGUAGUUCGUCCGUGUUAGAUGCAACGCACCACAAUCUUCGAAAAUAAUGCCGUUUGUGAGGAAAACUAAAUAUUUUCGUGAAUGAAAACUGUAACUAAAUCGUCAGUGUUUUUGUGUUCAUAGAUAUUUUUUAGUUUUUGUAUUGUUGGUGUAUUUUGAGUAGCAGGUGUCAUUGCACUUUUGUGUGAAAGUACCUAUAACUAGGAUUUUAGCCUAGAUAUAAUGAAGCCACCGCUGAUACUCAUUGAACUCUAACGAUGUUCCAUCCAUCGAAAAAUGACCACGCACCUUCUUAUGACUGGGAGUAACUACUUGCUAUACCUGUUUUUAUUAUUUUUGUCGUUCUUGAGAGUUUCUUCGCCAUAUUUGUUGCUGCUGGAAGAUACUGCUACGCCCGGAGAUGUGAUCUUCAAUGCGAGCGUGUAUCGUCUGGGAUCAGAUAGGUCCUACAAGAUCAGCGAGAAGAGAUCACCCCCUUUCGUGUUCUCUCUGGUGGAGGUCCAUCCGAAGACGGGGCAGGUCACCUUGAUCCAGCAUCUCGAGUGCGACGGACUGUUCUACCCCAACUUUUUCACCGUACAUAUCGACUCCACCUCCAAUCGACUGAAGGAUAUUGACUACUAUAGCUUGCCAUUAAGGAUAUUUAUCGUCGGAAAAGACUGCGUAGAUCAUAGGGAGGAUGAGACUGUUUAUUUGGACGAGUUUGCUAGGAGUAGGAGAAGUUUGAGGAAAACUUGGGAUCCGUUUGCCCAGCUGCAUCCCUCUGUUAAGGAGAAAAUCAACGAGGCUCGACAAUGGGUAUCGGAAACUUAUGCUUCUUUUGCUAUACCAACCGCAGGAAAGUGGCAGAAGAUCUGCCUGAGGCAGAGCCAGUUCAUUAAUUCCAUCACUGCCUUUCUUCCUAGCACCAUCAGUACUUUCUGCUCUGUGGAGUUCCACUACGUCAGUGAUGACAGGUUCGAGAUCGAGAGAAGUCAAGGAGACCUCGUCGCUAGCAGAGAUGUUUGUAUCGUGGAGCCAUUAUGGAAGGUGACCAUCUUAUUUACCGCCAUCUGUCAAAACAUAUCCGUUCUUAACUCAGAACAUCGACUGAAAAUCGUCUACCAUCACCAACAGUUCAACGACACCGAUAUAGCGAAAAGAGUUCGAAGAGAACUUAGAAAUCAGUCUCCGUUCUUCGAACAACACUUAUACGUGGCCAGUGUCUUGGAAGAAUGCGACCCUCCAGUUGUAGUCACCACUGUGAAGGCCAGAGAUCCCGAAAAUAGUCCUAUAACGUAUUCCAUGACUAGUUUGCUGGAUUCCAGAACUCAGGCCAUGUUUGACAUAGAUCAGAAGACCGGAGUUGUAACAACCAAGGUUCAACUAGAUCGGGAGCUCGUGGAUGUGCAUUAUUUUAGAGUUACGGCUAUGGAUGACAGCUUUCCUCCAAGAUCAGGUACUACGAUGCUUCAAAUCAAUGUCCUGGAUGCCAACGAUCAUUCUCCUGCUUUCGAGAUGAUGGAAUACGAUGCCAGUAUCAGAGAAUCUGUUAACGUUGGAACUACUGUGAUAACUCUAAAAGCUACUGACCAGGAUAUUGGCAAAAACGCCGAAGUUGAGUAUUCCAUCAGAAGUAUAAGCGGCGGCGGGAAUUCCCUAGAAACAGAUGACAACAAUGCGUUCAAAAUCGAUUCUAAAACAGGAGUGAUCACGACCAGGACUCUUUUAGACAGAGAGACUACUGAAGUGUAUACCUUGAUCAUCCAAGCUUCAGAUCUUGCUUCACCGCAGAGUGCCAGGAGGACGUCAAGUGCCAGCGUCGUUGUCCACAUUUUGGACGACAACGACAACUAUCCUCAGUUUUCUGAGCGGACUUACACGGUUUCCCUAAACGAAGAUAUAAACUACAACGAUAAUCCUGUCGUUGCACAUAUCAAAGCUACUGAUGCAGAUCAGGGCGUCAACGCUGCAAUAAGGUACGCAAUAAUCAGCGGUAACACGCAAUCACAGUUCGCCAUCGACAGUCUGACAGGAGACGUGUCUUUAGUUAAACCCCUGGAUUAUGAAACGAUCAGGAAUUAUCGUUUAGUUAUAAGAGCCCAAGAUGGGGGUAGUCCAGCCAGAUCCAACACCACUCAAUUGCUCAUCAAUGUAAAGGAUAUCAAUGACAAUGCGCCUAGGUUUUAUACAUCGUUAUUUCAAGAGAGUGUCCUAGAAAAUGUACCGGUGGGCUACAGCAUCGUGAAAGUCCAGGCCUACGACGCAGACGAAGGGCCUAACGCUGAAAUCAAGUACGUGAUCUCCAGUAGGGACGCCACUGGUGGCAGUACCGAAGAUUUGCCUUUAGCUGUUGACUCCCAUACUGGUUGGAUAUAUACAACGAGAGAGCUGGAUAGAGAACACCAACCCAAAUAUAUGUUUCAGGUAAUAGCAAACGACCAAGGAGUGCCUCCUCAAUCAGCAAGUGCCAGUGUAGUAAUCACGGUCCAAGACGUCAAUGACAACGACCCUGUGUUCGAACCAAAGAUUUACGAAUCUGUAGUUGCAGAAGACGAUUCUCCAGGUACCCCAGUAGCUACUGUUACAGCCACAGAUCCAGACGAAGACUCCCGAUUGCACUACGAAAUAACCAACGGGAACACCAGAGGGCGCUUUGCUAUUACGUCUCAAAAUGGCCGCGGUUUGAUCACGAUAGCACAACCUUUGGAUUACAAACAGGAGAAGAGGUAUAUUUUGACGGUGACAGCUACAGAUUCUGGAGGACGAACUGACACUGCUACUGUGUACGUCAAUAUCACAGAUGCUAACAACUAUGCUCCGGUUUUUGAGAACGCCCCGUAUUCUGCGAGUGUUUUCGAGGACGUAGCGGUUGGUACUACUGUUUUGGUGGUGUCUGCUACUGAUAAUGACGUGGGAUUGAAUGCACAGAUUUCGUACUCUUUAGGAGACGAACUAAACGACGUGGGAAAAGACUCCGCCUUCACAAUCAACAAACAAACAGGCGCCAUCGUCACCACUAAGCCUCUUGACAGAGAAACAACUUCUGGGUAUCUUCUAACAGUGACAGCUAGAGAUGGCGGCUCCCCACCUCUUUCCGACACCACCGACGUCGAAAUAACUGUCUCAGACGUCAACGACAACUACCCAGUCUUCAAACAAGUGGCUUAUUCUGGAAGCGUUCCAGAAGACGCUCUGGUGGGGACGUCGGUAGUUCAAGUAACAGCUACCGACGCUGACGUAGGCUUGAAUGGAAAGAUUCACUAUUCUUUGAGUGAGAAAGACCAAGAGGACGGAUCAUUCGUAAUAGAUCCUACCAGCGGAGUCAUCAGGACCAAUAAAGGAUUAGAUAGAGAAUCUGUAGCUGUGUAUGAACUGGAAGCGUAUGCCAUAGACCGAGGUUCGCCUACUUUGAGCAGUUCUGUACCUGUCAGCAUACGAAUCGAUGACGUCAAUGAUUCACCACCAGCUUUUGACUCAGAUAAAAUCGUCCUGUAUAUUCCCGAAAACAGUCCUAUAGGAUCAACAGUUGGGGAGAUCUACGCGAAAGAUCCAGAUGAAGGAGUGAAUGCUAUCGUCCAGUACUCGAUAAUCGGCGGAGAAGACGCUCAAAGUUUUUCUUUAGUAACUAGACCAGGAUCUGAAAAAGCUGAACUUUUAACGAUGAUAGAACUAGACUACGAAAGCCCUAAGAAGAAGUACGAUCUUAUAGUAAGAGCUGCUAGUCCUCCUCUAAGAAGUGACGCACAUGUGGAAAUUGUCGUCACAGACGUCAAUGACAACGCUCCGGUGCUCAAAGACUUUCAAGUGAUGUUCAACAAUUUUAGAGACUUUUUCCCGACAGGAUCCAUAGGUAAAAUCCCAGCUUAUGACGCCGAUGUCUCAGAUAAAUUGCAUUACAGAAUACUAUCGGGAAAUAACGCUAACUUGGUAGCUUUGAACGAAACUACAGGCCAGUUGCAACUCUCCCCACAACUUAACACCAACGUGCCCAAAAUAGCAUCGAUGGAAGUAUCUGUUUCAGAUGGCAUUAACGUUAUUAAGAAAGUAAUGACACUUACAGUUAGACUCAUAACAGAAGAAAUGCUACUCAACUCCAUAACAGUGAGACUGAACCAAAUGACCAAAGAAGCUUUCUUGUCUCCGCUUCUAGGCUACUUCACCGACGGAUUAGCAGCUAUCAUACCUUGCCCCAAAGAAAACAUCUUCAUAUUCAGCAUUCAAGACGACACUGACGUAGCAGCGAAAAUCUUGAACGUUAGUUUUUCUGUUCGUCGGCCUGACGUACCGAGGGAAGAGUACUACACCCCUCAAUUUCUACAAGAAAAGGUUUAUUUGAACAGAGGAAUUUUGGCUAAACUCUCAACAGUUCAAAUCUUGCCAUUCGAUGACAAUUUGUGCGUACGUGAACCAUGUCUUAACUAUGAAGAAUGCUUGACGGUGUUGAAGUUCGGAAAUGCGUCAGGUUUUAUUUCCAGCGAUACUGUACUAUUCAGACCAAUAUAUCCAGUAACUACGUUUACUUGUCAAUGUCCAAAAGGCUUCACAGGCUCUAAAGAACACUACUUGUGUGACACAGAAGUAAAUUUGUGCUAUUCUUCGCCUUGCAGAAACAACGGUACCUGUAAAAUACGAGAAGGGGGAUACACAUGUGUUUGCUCAACAGGUUACACAGGCGAAAACUGCGAGAUCAAGCUAGAUGGUGAUAAAUGCAAGCCUAGUCUGUGUCUGAAAGACAAAACUUGUAGUCCAAAGCCUGGUAGGUCCAAUUUUAUAUGCGAGGAUUGCAACAUUGUCGCUGAAUCUGAACAUUAUACACCUCUUUGUCAAUUGAAGAGCCGCAGUUUUACCAAAUCUUCGUUUUUGACAUUCCCGAGCUUGAAACAACGACAUCGAAUCCAUAUAGCUCUAAGAUUCGCUACCCAACAGCUAAAUGGCUUGCUAUUAUACAACGGAAGAUACAACGAACAGCACGAUUUUAUCGCUCUGGAAAUAGUUAGAGGUGCUGUCCAGUUUUCUUUUUCUCUUGGCAGUAAAGUCACCAAUGUGUCUGCUAGAGUACCAGGAGGAGUAUCGGAUGGGCAAUGGCAUUCUGUUGUAGUUAACUACUUUAAUAAAACAGCUACUAUAGCGCUUGACGACUGCGAUAUAGCUGUAUCUUUAAAGCACGGAGAAGAUUUGGGUGGUAAGUGGAAUUGCGCAGGCUAUGCAGAACACCAACUAGAAGCACGAUGUGCAUCUUUGACUGAAACCUGCCAUAGAUUCUUAGACCUCACAGGUCCUUUACAGUUAGGAGGAGUACCAUCACAGUUCAAUGCGUUUCAGAUUAAAAAUUUCCACUUUGAUGGAUGCAUUUCAGAUUUAGAAAUCGACCAUAAGUUUGUAGAUUUGAACACCUUCAUGACCGACAACGGUACUAACGCCGGUUGUCCAGAAAAACGUUCGUUUUGUUCCUCAAGACCAUGCAAAAACGGCGGAAAUUGCGUGGAUGGUUGGUCUAUGUACAAGUGCGAAUGUCCUCAAGGUUUUGGAAGUAGAGACUGUAGUGAAACCAUCAGCUCCCCAUGGCACUUCAACGGAGAUGGUACCUUAUCUUUUAAUCCUCUCCUCAGACCAAUCCAACUGCCGUGGUUGAACGCUUUAUCUAUCAGAACUCUACAAGAAGAUACUUUUUUAAUGUCCAUCCAAAUCGGACAAAACAGUUCAGCAGUGGUGUCUAUAAGUCGAGGUCUUCUCUUGUACACUUAUAAUGGAGAAACCCUGACUUUACCGUCUAAAUUUGUCUCUGAUGGAGAAUGGCAUCACUUAGAAAUAACAUGGAUCGGUACAGAGAUCAAAAUGUCCAUUGAUUAUGGAGAAAGUGUGGAAGUUAUACCUUUCCCUGAAAAGAUACAAGGUCUUUAUGUCGGGAAGAUCUUAAUAGGUGGUCCAGAUAAUACAUACAUGAGCCUUAAUGCUGGAUACAACUAUUUGGAAGGAUGUAUUCAAGAUGUGAGGAUAGGCAACCAACAAACAUCUCUAAGUAGACCUACCGUUAAAGAAAACGUUGAAGAAGGAUGUUAUUCGGCCAACGAGUGCCAUAGUGAAUGUCCAGCUUCGUCCAAAUGCGUAGUAAACUGGGGAAGAUCUCAUUGUGAGUGCGACCAAGGCCAUAUCGGACCACUUUGUGUACCUGUAUGUUCCGAAGAUCCGUGCGACAAUGGAGGUAUCUGUUUGGAGGAUCAUAGAGAUACCAAAAGCUACAGAUGCGAAUGUAACUCUACAAAUUUCUCUGGAGAAUAUUGCGAGAUAGAGCAAUCGCAGCCUUGUCCGGCUAGUUGGUGGGGUUAUCCAGUAUGUGGACCUUGUCAGUGUGAUGUAGAAGACGGGUAUAAUCCAGAUUGCGACAAAAACACCGGUAAAUGUCAUUGCCGGGAGAAUCACUACCAACCUACUGGUUCCACCCAAUGUAUUCCUUGCGAUUGCUACCAUAUCGGCUCCCAUAGUACUCAAUGCGACCACGAAACAGGCCAGUGCAGAUGCAGAAAUGGAGUUAUCGGCCUCAAGUGUGAUUCUUGUCCAAAUGCGUAUGCAGAAGUUACCACCAAAGGAUGUGAAGUUGUGUAUGAUGGUUGUCCAAAAUCUUCUUCUAAUGGUAUUUGGUGGCCAAGGACGGUUUUUGGAGGUGACGCUAUUGAAGUUUGCCCAAAAGGUUCACAUGGAAAGGCUUCUAGGACUUGCGACAACGAUCUUGGAGGUUGGCAAGAACCAGAUAUGUUUAAUUGUACUUCGGACCGAUUUGUAGAACUUAGAGAACAGUUAUCCAACAUGGAGAGGGGCGACCUCCAGCUCAAUACCUUCGUCUCUAUAAAACUAGCCUCCGAUCUGCAAAAAGCUACGAAUCUAACAAAGCACCUCUACGGAGCUGACGUCCUCAUCACCUACGAACUCAUGAGAGAGCUGCUCAGCUACGAGGUCAAAAUGAACGGGCUCAAUCUGACCCACAGCCAAGACAAAGACUACAUUAGGAAUAUUGUUUACUCUAUAAGUGUGGUUCUGUCCAAGCAGAACACCGAUCACUGGACCAGGAUUAAAGAUUUGACUGGGGAAGGGAUUGAGAAUGUUAUAGAGUUUGUGGAAAAAUAUAUAAACACAUUGAGUGUCAGUCAGCACGAUACAUACACUAGUCCGUUUGAGAUUGUCUCUCCAAAUAUGGUUGUUGGUUUGGACGUGGUAACACCAGAAUCUUUAUACGGCUUCGAAUCCGAGUCACUUCCUCCUAUUCCAUCGAUCAAUCCGAACUUCACGUCAGAAAACGUCGUCCUUCCAGACACGUCCCUAUUCCUGGAAGAGAGCCGUAAUUUGCACCCAGAACCCUUCGUGUCUUUCCCGAAAUACAACAACUACCUCCUGGACAAAUCAAAAUUCGACCAACACAGCAGGAUACUGAUAUCUUUGAAUCUCUUGGGAAUCAAACCUGUGGAGUUCGGAGAGAUCAUAACGAAGCAUACUCUGCCAGAGGACGGUAGCGUGGUGAGUUAUGCUGAGUAUCGCCAAGAUGGUGCCUUAUUGCCUAAAGAAUACGACGAUUCUGUAGUACGUAGAUGGGGUGUCGAUAUAACCAUCGGCUCACCAUUAUUAUCCGUAGCUGUAUUAGUACCUGCAUAUGUUCCUGUAGAACUACCACCAGAGCCGAAGAUAACUUUCCAGGAUGUCGAUACCAGUGACUAUUGGACCAAGUCUAGUUUUAAGAAAAGCAGCUUGGAGAACGACCCUCAGUUCCUGAGGGUAAAGAGAGAAAACAGGAAAUUGGUGUACAAAAGCUUAGCUGGAGUACCUCUCAGUAGUCCGAUAAGGCUUCAGAUGUGGAUGGAUCCUAAUAAUACAGUGCUGAACGCAAGAUCAAACCCUCAGUGCGUUCACUGGUCAAGAGUUAGAGGAUUUGGGGAGUGGUCCAGGGUUGGCUGCAGAACUGAAAUCUCCGAUGACUGGUUCGAAACUGUUGACGAUGGACCAAUUUUAGUAAACUGCAGCUGCAAUCAUUUGAGUACGUUUGCAGUGCUUGUAGAUGUUGUGGACUUAGAAUACAUUCCUGAACCUUCUCUCUUAGAAGACAUAUCCAGCUACAGUUGUUUCUCCAUUUCACUGCCACUUUUACUGGGAACAUACCUUAUUCUGGCCCUGAUUAGGGGGUUGCAGACCAAUUCGAACACCAUCAGGAAGAAUUUGGUGUUGUGCGUGUUUCUUGGCGAAUUGCUGUAUUUCGUUGCUCUGAAAGCAAGAAAACCAAUGAUAGGAAAUGAAUUUUCCUGUAAACUGGUGGCUAUUGGUCUACACUACCUCUGGCUGGCCUCUUUCUCGUGGAUGCUGGUAGACGCGAUCCAUCUAUACCGAAUGCUGACCGAAAUGCGAGACAUCAACCACGGACCUAUGCGGUUUUACUACAGCAUGGGCUACGUUGCUCCCGCUGUAGUCGUCAGUCUUGCCGUUGGGGUGAGGGCUCACCAGUAUGGAAAUUAUUAUUUCUGCUGGGUGUCUUUGUAUGAAAGCGUGGUCUGGAGCUUAGUGGGUCCAAUAUGUCUCUUGGUGCUGAUCAAUAUAUUCGUAUUAGCCUUUUCCGUGAGGGCUGCGUUUACCCUACAAGAUCAUGUCUUGGGUUUUGGCAACCUCAGAACAUUACUCUGGGUAUCUGUGAUAGCUCUACCAUUGUUAGGAGCAACGUGGGUGUUGGCUCUAUUAGAUGCUUCAGAAAGACAUCCCCUUCUGACGCCAUUUUUAUCAGUUGCCGUACUAGUCCAUGCGGGAUUUUCACUUGCAGGAUACUGCUUUGCUAACAACAGAGUAAGACAAAACCUAAUAAGAUCUAUCAUGAGAUGCAUGGGGAAGAAAGUACCACUGCUAGAUACCACUUCAGUUAUGGGAGUACCGAGUACCAGCAGUCAGAACAUCAAUGCCCAAUCACGUUCUGCUUUAGCGUACCAUUCCGGCGACACGAGCAGAAGAAACAUCGGUAUAUCCACUUCUAGCACUACUUCACGUUCAACCACCAAAACUAGCUCUAGUCCUUACAGAAGUGACAGCCAUCUGCGUCACACGUCAACAUCAACGUCAAACUACAACUCGACAAGCGACGUGCCGUCGUAUCUGCGCGGGUUCGAGCACGAAACUGGCCUACACAGGCAUAGAGAAGUGCCGGAAGAGCCAGAGGAACGAAGGGAGAGAAGGACCGAUAGAGCAGAUAGGGGCGAAAGGGAUAGCGAUUCCGACUCCGACGCAUCGGAGGGCAGGAGCUUGGAUUUGGCGUCGAGUCAUUCCAGCGAUGAUGAUGAAUCGAGCACCAGAAGGCAUAGGGCAAGAACUAACACUGUACGACAAGGAUACCUUCCUAACAUCACGGAGCACGUGGUAUCAAGAUGCGGUACGCCACCAUCUUUGAACGUAGUGACCAAUUCUCAGCUGUUUCCAGCUGUGCCGCCUAGUUAUGGAUCCAGGUGGGCUAGCCAAUUGCCGGAAUCAUAUUUACCAAACCACAACGUUCCUGAAGUUGGUCGUUGGUCAGCCGAAACCGGGUCCGACAACGAGUUCUACCAGAAGAACGGCUCACCAAACCCGCUCCCACAUCCAGAUGUCACGCCCGAAACGAGCGUACCGGUACUACAGUCCGAGCAGUACAUGGUUCGAGCCCAUUACAACAACUAUAACCCCAGUUCUUUGGUCUACAAAGGGGAGUACAUGCCUAAGAUGAUGCCUCACGACAAUAUGAACUACCAGGACUACGAUAGGGGUAGUGAUAUCGACGAAAAGGGCCAUAUGAACGACAAGUAUCAUUUUCCAUAUACAGAUAACGAUCUCAAAGCCGAAGAAGAUCAUAUAACAGCCCACAACAACUACAUCCACCCCCUUCAUCCCGGCAGUAGAGUCAUGUCUCCAGUGACCAACGAUGUAAACAACCCCGGUCUGGACUAUCAUGGUUCCACGGUGGGGUCCCAUCUGGGUUCCAGGAUGGGCUCCGUGUUGGGUUCCGUCCACGGUUCCCUCUGUGGCAGCAUGAGGGGUUCCCCGUCACCGCUGAUGCCGCCCGUGUCCAUGAUGCACGCGACGCAUCACGGGGAUCCACCGCAAUGGGUUUGGGAAUACUCAACUAAAUAGACCUACUAACUAUGGAUGGACGACAAAAAUGAAGAAACGUCUGUUUAGGUUAAGCACCUUCUGUAUAUCUCUCCUCACGUAGGUUUACGGUUUAUUGUGCUCAAUUUUGUUAGACCCUCACUUCGCAGAAUAAUUUUCGAAGUAGUGUAUUACGACUGGCAAAUUUUGUGUUCGCUAAAUUUAAGAGAAAUUUUUACUUAGGUUUUUGUAGAUCCAAAUGUGACUCCUUUGUAUUUUGAACUUUAUAGCAGUUAAAUAUCUAGCAUAUAAAGAAAGAGGUGGGCGUAGAUACUCAUUCUUCUUUACAUGCCAUCUCCGCGAAGAAGGUUGGUAAUCAUCAUUGCUAUUCUAUCUUUUGACACUACAUCCCGAAAAAGUUCAGUUGAGCUGCAUGCAAACCAUUCUCUGAGAUUUCUCAGCCAGGACAUUUUUCUUCUACCUAUGCUGCGCCUUCCUUGAACCUUUCCCUGUUCAUUGCAUGAACACACUGAUUAGAAUCAAUGAAAAUAAAGAAAACAAUGUAUGUAAUGCAGUCAAAUAUAUCUGUACACCCUGUCUACUUGAUAACGUGGAGCACCGAGUGCAAUGUUGUGGAUUUCAGAAAGGGGAAAUAAAAAAAGGGUCAGGUAGCCGAUGGUCAUGUUUUUCAAGGCGAACCUCUUUUUAGUUGAUGAUCCGCUAUCUCGACUCGAGAUAGACAAGACGUAGAUUAGUUUUGGAUACACAAAUAUUAUAUUGUUAACAAGAGUAACAGGUAAUAGUGAUUAUUACAGAUACUUAUUGCAACUCCGUAGUUUUAUUUAACAUAAGCAGCAUAAAGAAAUAGCAUACUUCCUUUAUCUCAUAUCUUUGUUGUCCGGUACAAAUGUCGUCUUGUAAUUAGCUUUCUUUCUGUUAUACUAAUUUAUCAACAGAAUCCAACAGCGUUUUGUGUAGCUUUGUAUAUUCAUCUCAAUCUCAGUUGCUUUAGCAAGUAGAGAUGUGAUUGUUUAUGUAAUAUACGUUUUCAAGAUCUUCUACUGUUGUUCCUCUAUCUGGGAGUUUCUUUGGUGUCUUCAAAUUUACAGAUUAUUUCAAAUUAAAUUAUAUAAUCCUAUUUAUUUUCAUAUCAUUACAGUGUAGAUAGCAAGACUUUAAUGAUAGAAAAUAACAUCUCGAAACAUAAAAAUAUGUUUAUGUGACAAUAUCAACAUUGACGACGGCUGUGACGUCGCUUCAAAGUCAUUUGUCAUUUAGCUGGUCACUUGUCAUGUUAAUCAUGACAUCUGUCACUAAAAUUGUAUUUAACUUUGUUUAAAACAACGGAUAGUGUAUUUUUCGUGGCAACUUAAUUAUUUUAAUGCCAUAAAAAAUUGUAGAAUCAUAUAAACAAGCUGAUCUGAUACUUUUCUAGAAAGGAAACAUCAUCUAGGAACAAAAAAUUUCUGAUGAAAGAUUAAAAUACAAAGGAGUGUAACUGCGGAAGUGAGGGUGACUUUUUUUGUUCAGUUAUUGAUAUAAUAUGCUAUAAAUACGCUUUAGACAACUCAACCUAUAUACCAAUAAUACUCAGCUUUUUAUACAUAGCAGCAAUUUUAAUUCAAGAGAGAAUAAUAACAUUUCUCGAAGCCGUAUCUUUCUUUCUGGAGGAAAAAUACGGUUUCUUUAAGGAGGGGGUAUGGUUUGAAAUCAACAUUUCAAGCACAAGUUCAUAUUCUUAAAUAAAUUUGAAGUUGACAUUAAAUAACUAAAGUGAUGCACACAGGAAUAUGUUUUUGAAUCGCGGAGUAAUUUACAAAAGAGAAUGGGAACAGCUGUUUAACGUUUCUCACUACACUCAAGCAAACUGGCGGAAGCUGCUGCAAACCGAGUCGAAGGUACAGCAACAUGCUGUAUUUCCGGUAAUUUUGCUCCAAUCAAUCUGAAAAUUUCAGAGAGCAUUCUUGAAGUUAUGUACUUUUAUUUAAAAUAAUAAAAAUAUCGAAAAUUUCAAAAUUUUCAAAGCAUACCUCCUCCCCCUUAAUAUUAAGUUCUACACCUUUUACACAAAACCACCUUUUUGAAACACACAUACAUUCCUUGAAGACUGUGCAAAUUCAGAACAAUCUACAUUCCGAAUUUAACCAAAAAAAUUGAGAAUAUUUUAUGCAUUGUCUCUAUAUAAUAUAUGAAAACAGAUUAUAUAAUAAAAACUAAGUCUUAAGACCAUGUUAGAUGAGUAAGAUAAGGUUGUGGCCGAAUAAUAUUAUAAGAGAAGAGUAAUCUGAUUUUAUUUUUGAGCUUGUAGAUGAGGUAAAAACGGAUCUACCGUUUUUCUCCAAAUAUAUACAGUACGUAAAUCUUUCAGCUAGACAUAGGUAAUAUUCAUUGAGUAAGUGUGGCAACUGCGGUCUCUCGAUGGCACUGCUGUCGUCAGGGCUGCAGACGUUUUAACUUUUAGUAUCAAUGGACCGUCAUAGUCGUGACGUCAAAUAAGUGUUGGCUACUCUGAAAAGUUACCAAACAAAUGAAACUUCUGUUAGUGUCAGUUGAAUACACACGUGGUGUUUAUGACAGUGAUAGAUGCCAAGUUUUAUUUUUGUUUUUUAAUAUGAAGUCAUUAUACUGUCAAUAUAGAAUUUUAGAUUCUAUGAAAGAUGAAAGACGUGUCUUUCAGAAACUUAAAAAACUUGAAAGUUCUCCUAUCUGAGUAGUGGUUACAAUCGGGUACCCCACAUAUUACCAUUUUAUAGAAAUUAAAUAAGAUACAAGCAACUUAGCAACAGAACUUGGCGUCUAAUAAUGUCACAAACACCACGUGAGAAUUUAACUGACACUGACAGAACUCUGUUUUGUUUUGAAACUUUUCAGAGUAGCCAACAUUGAUUUGACCUCACGACUAUCACGGUCUAUUGGCAUAGACUCGAGAUGGCGCAGUUGCCACACUUACCUCAAUGUAUAUUACCUACUUCUAGCUGAAAGAUUUACGUACUGUAUAAAAUAGCCAUAUUAAAGCGUUUUUAAAAUGAUUUUAAGAGUAGUUUUGCAGUAGAGAUAUUUUUACCGUGAUUUUACGAUUUUUUAACCCAUCAUCAGACAAAAAUUUGGAUUAAAACAUUCGAAUCCAAAAAUACAGCUCAUAGAUUAUAAAACUGAUUACUCUCCAACACAUUAACAAUAAUCAUAAUGCACAUUGAUACGAUACUAUUAGAAUUUUUAAGGUAAAAUCGAAACGUGUGCCAUUUUGGAAGAAAAAUAUAUGCGAAAGCACUACACACUUAAUUUUGCUCAAUAUUUUUCAAGUUAUAUACAAAAACCUGACCACUUAGCUUUUUAGACGGCACAAAAGGAAUAAACAAUGGUUUUAUUUCAUAAAACUUACAUUUACUUUGUUAUAUAUCGUGCUCUGAGAGUUUAAUGAACGUUUUUUUGAAGUUAACCAGUUUUGAGUCGUCCCCAAAGGCCAUGAUUUCGUUUGAGUGACUGUUUGAGUUGGCUACACUGAAAAAUGUAAACUCUCUUAAUUGUCAUUUGUCAAUAACAAUUUCUGACGUCUGUUUUAAUUGUCACUUGUCAAAUAAAGUUUAUAACAUCUAAAAGCAAUCUUAUGUACAAUCUUAUUUAUUUUUUGGGAAAGUUACUGUCCCUUUAGUCGUCCACAAUGAUAAUAAGUCCAUUCUACGUUACUAUUUGAGCUGCUUGCACUGAAAAGUUGCAACUGCCUUACUUGUCAUUUGUCAACAAUCAUUUCUGACGUCUCUAAUCAGCAGUGAUCUUAAUUAUUGUCAUUUGUGAAAGAAUGACAUCUAAAAGUGUUUUUCUGAUGGUAGCAGCAAACACAACGGUAAGAAUACGAAACACAGUUGACUGUAGUGUAUAAGCAUUUUCUAUUGUGAUCCUAAUAUAUAUCCUGUCGGUUUAAUUAAGAUUUUUUGGGAGUUAAAUCUACUUUUAGUCUAUAAAAAUGGCAAUGUCUUCGUUAUAUCUACGUUCCUCUUUGCGACAUUUGCACUAAACAGUUGCAGUUGCAAGAAUCUUACUUGUCAUUUGUCAACAAUCAUUUUUGACGUUGACACUGUAAUUUUUUUAAUUGUCACUUGUCAACGAAUGUUAAUGACAUCUAAGUAUUUUUCUGAGAUUACCAACAAAGAGGGAGAUUCAAAAAUAUAGUUUACUGUCGUGGAUAAGCUUUCUAGUCUUUAGAUACUUUUUAUUGCAUUCCUGAUAUCAAAAAGAAUCAUCAAGGAUUUUAUUUGAUAAUAUUUAAAUUUAUUUUGUAAAAUCCCGUUAUCUGGGAGUUUAUUUAAAAUUUUUCAGGAGUUAACUCUGCUUUUGGUCGUUCACAAUGAUAGUGGCUUCUUUAUACGGCACUGUUUAAGUUGGCCGCACUGUACGUGUCAUUUUUGACGUCUAAAAGUUUUAAUCACUAAUAGCGAUCUUAAUUGGCAUUUUUUAACGCGUUUUCAUGACAUGUAAAAGUCUUUUUAUGAUAUUAUCAACAAUCAAUUGACUCUAUAUAGAUAUAUAUUUCUCUAGAAUUUUGAUGCUUUAUAUUAUUGGGAUAAUAAUGUCAAUGAUGUAGGUACGAUAAAAUAAAACUUUGUAUUAUUCCAACUUGUCCAGAUACUACUGUACUUUAAGAAAACUAGUAAUAAAGAUACUGAUGGAGAUAAAAUAGAAUACUGUAUGCUGAUAUUUUGAACUUUUCAUCUACCAAUUGCUAUGUCUUGGCUUUUGAAUAGAACCUGGAACACAAAACUGUUAAAAAUAUAUACCUUACUUAACCAGACCAAAAUGUGAUCAAAUAUAAGUACUAAAAGAUAUAGGACACAUGUAUAAUCAUACAACAGUGCUAAUCAAACGCUUUUAAACUAAUUUCUAUUUUUGCCUAUACUCCAGAUGAGUUAUAUUAAGACUUAUCACUCGGUCCGGAGGGUGCCAAUAUUUGGUCGUAGAAAAAAUAUAGUGUGAAACUCUAACUAUACCUAUUCAGCAUAUCUGAAUUUGUUUUAUUUCCAUCGAUGAACAUUUUAAACUACAUGUUAGAUAGUAGUAGGCCAUAAGGAUUUUGAAAGCCAACCGGAGAAGGUUUUAUUCUAAUUUUACAAUACUCGGUGUUUAGAUGAUAAAUCUAUUUUGCUAGCUCUGUAAAUGAACAAGUGCUGGUACAAAAACUGUUUUUGCCUUACGAAAGAGUGUGGCGGGUAUACUAAGCCCAGAAGCAGACGAGCCACUCUGCAGCGCAACAAAGUGGCUUAGAUGGCGAUUUUGUAGCGCCAACGAUUUUGUAGUGGACGCCACUAGUAGUAAGGAUCGGCGACAGUGGCUGGCCAUUGUCACUCGUCUGGAAUGGCACGUUUAAUUUACAUAAGAAUUUACGGCUAAUCAUGGGAAGCUACUUUGUGGCGCCACACUCAUUCCACAGAGUAGCGCGCAGAUUGGUUCGUCUAAUACUGGGCUUAGAUGUGGUGUUUGUUUUCCAAAUUUUUAAAAUUUGGUACUUUUAUUAGAAAUGGAUUCACUGGAUCGACUUAGGCUGAAUCAUAAUAUGAGACAGAUCCAAAGGAGAGAAGAUUUUGCCAAAGGGCCUAGUCGGGUAAGAUGAUGAAAACUGCCCCCAACUCGAUUCGAAUUCCAUAUAGGUCACCAUUUAGCAUAUAUAGUAAAACUCACUUUCUGAAAUUUUUAGCCCCCUAGGUGGUCAUGUGACCCACCUAGAGCCUAAUUAGGGUUUUUAUGUUUUUAUUUUUUAUCUCAGCCGUAUCGAGAACUAGCGAAAAACUUUAAAUAAAAAAGUUGAAAAAUUUUAAAAAAUUCUGUCCGAAAUUUUUUUUUUUUAAUUUUUGGCGGGAAAUUUAAAUUUUAGAACGAUUUUAUAAUUUUAAAUGAGUAUAAAAAAAUAACUAAGACAUUCCUUUUCACGAAAAAAAAUAUAUAACGUGUAUUUUUGCAUAAUGUUUCAACCUGAAUUUGUUUCAAAUUUUUAAAAUUGGUGAAACGCAUAUUUAAAAAUUAAAAACCGCAUUUUUUCGGUUUUUUUUUUCGUUUUUUGAUACAAUUUUCUACAUGAUUUUCAAAAAAGGUAACACCGUCACUAGAAUAGGUAAAAAACUGAAAAAUAAUUGGGGUUUGCUUAAUAAAAAUUUUUUGUAACGCCAUCCAUUUUCAAGAUACAGGGCGUUGAAGAAAACAAAAUUUUACACAUUUUUUACUAUUUUGUCGAAACUACUAGCAACAUUGUAAUAAAACUUGGCGAGUUUUAAGAGGUAGUUAUUGUGCCUGUUUUGACAUAUAAUUAUGGAUUUAAAUUUCAUCAUUGGCGCGCAUAGGGGUAGUGGUCUGAACUUUUCAAAGAAAAAAGAUAGUACGCCACUGGCAUAUUUCAAAUUAACAAUCAUUUUUGAAUUCCUCGUUCAAUUUGCGAUAAAAAACUAUCAUCUCAUUUUUUCAUACGACGCGCCGUUUUGCUGCAAAAAAUAAAAUAUCUUAUCGCUUCAAAAGUAUUCAAAUUAGUUUUUAUAAUGGAUGUACAAUAUACAAGUUUAUGCAGAUGUAGAAACUACUUUUAGAAGUUCGAAUACUUUGUAAGGGUUAAGAUGUUUUAUUUUUUGAAUAAAAAUGGCGCGUCGUAUGACAAAAAAAGGAAGAUAUAUUUUUUGUCACAAAUUGAACGAGGAAUUCAAAAACGAUUGUUAAUUUGAAAUUUUUUUCUUUAAAAAGUUUAGACCAUUACCCCUAUGCGCACCAAUGAUAAAUAUAAAAUUCUUAAUUGUAUGUUAAAAAAUGCACAACAACUACCUCUUAAAACUCGCCAAAUUUUAUUACAAUGUUGCCAGUAGUUUCGGCAAAAUCGUAAAAAAUGUGUAAAAUUUUGUUUCCUUCAACGCACUGUAUCUUGAAAAUAUAUGACAUUACAAAAAAUUUUUAUUAAGCAAACCCCAAUUAUUUUUCAGUUGUUUACCUAUUCUAGUGACGGUGUUACCUUUUUUGAAAAACAUGUAUAAAAUUGUAUCACAAAACGAAAAAAAAAAACGGAAAAAACGCGGUUUUUUAUUUUUAAAGGUGCAUUUUACCAAUUUUAAAAGUUUGAAAAAAAAACAGGGUGAAAUAUUAUACAAAAAUACAGGUUACAUAUUUUUUUUCUUGAAAACGAAUGUCUUAGUUAUUCUUUUAUACUCAUUUAAAAUUUUAAAAUCGUUCUAAAAUUUAAAUUUCCCGCCAAAAAUUAAAAAAAAAUUUCGGACAGAACUUUUUAAAGUUUACAACUUUUUUAUUUAAAGUUUUUCUCUAGUUCUCGAUGCGGCUGAGAUAAAAACAUAAAAACCCUAAUUAGGCCUUAGGUGGGUCACAUGACCACCUAGGGGGCUAAAAAUUUCAGAAAGUUAGUUUCACUAUAUAUGCUAAACGGUGACCUAUAUGGAAUUCGAAUCGAGUUGAGGGCCGUUUUCAUCAUCUUACCCGUCAUACCAUCUUGUUGGUAUUUUCCUUAUAUCACAAGGUUUUUCAAUCUGUUUUGGUAAGGUACUGCAUAGGUAUGUAUCAAAGAUCUAAUUCACUGGUCAUGUUAUGUUUUGUCAAACAAUGGACAGGGCUAAGAAACAUAGGAGACCUAAUACAUACUGCAAUGAUCGAGAAAAAUGGUCAAACGUGAUCGCGAACAUCAAUUAGUGCACUACAUAUGAAGAAGAAGAAGUUGUGCUUUGAAUCCAUAAAAAGCAACUCUUAUAUCAAUCUCUUCCGAGACUAUACGGAUUCUGGACUUUUUUUAUACAACUUAUACCUUUGACAUAUUCUAAAAUAUUAUAUUGGCUGUUAUAUUGGAGCUAGGUUUGAACCUUUGAGCAUCAAUUUUGGACUAUGAAUUACUGAUUUGAAUGAUAAUUUUCUAUUAAUAGGCUAAAACUCGUUUCAUUUCUGGACAAGCCUGAAGCUCAGUAGAUGUAUUGGUACUACUUUCACUAGUUCAGAUAGUACUAACGAACUGACGUACUGACUAGGGUUUGUUUUGAGUAUUGUUCUACAUAAAUUUCUAACCUGUUUUGGUAAAAUAAAAUAUCUCUUAUACGUACUACAUUCAGGAAACUUUUGGAGGAAAAAUAUACACGAUACUGGCUAUGAUUUUUUUGAUUGAAAUAUGUUGGUGAAAGCACAUCUGUUUCAUUUCUGGACUAGAUUGAAGAUGAUUUCCUUCUAUUACUGGUACUACCGCUAGAAAAACUUUCUUUAAGACAAUACAGUACUUACAAGGAUGUAGUUGAUUAAUUAUUUAAUUCUAUUUUGGAAUAAAGCAGGUAUCCCUUGUCGACUAGUCUAGAUGGCUGGACCCAUUUUGUGUAAAAAUGGCUUUGUAAGACAGAUUAUUUUGUACUUUCAAGCAUUUAUUGCAAUAUUUUCAUUAAAAUGCAGAACUAUUUUGAAUGACAAAUUAAUUUUUCUCUACACUGUCGAACUUCCUUAAUAAUCUUUCAUUUCUGAACUAGAAUUGAAGAUUUCCUUCUAUCACUGGUACUAUCGUUAGAAUAGCCCUCUUUUAAAUAGUCUACAGUCUACAUGGUACUUAUAAGGGUCUAGUUGACUAAGUAUUUAAUUUCUGUAGCUAUUUCGCCUAUACAGACUGUAUAGACUGUACAGACUAUAUUUGUGAAACAAAAGAUGCGUCUUUCGCCUAUACAGACUGGUCUAGAUUGGUGAACUCAUCUUGAGUACCACAAAGUACUUCCUACCAUGGAACUUCCUACCCAUGGUACAGGAAAGCCUACUUGGUACUUCCAAACAUUUACUUAAAUGAUUUCAUCAUAAGAUAGAACUAUUAACGAUACAUUAGUUUUUUUAUACUGUGGAACUAUCUUUGUCAUCCGUUUCGUCUCUGAAAUAGUUUGAAUAUUUCCUUCCUUUACUGGUACUACCAUUAAAAAAACUUUCUAGACAUUAAAGGCAGUAGACUGUAGUAUCUUUUUCUACCUACACUAGGUGGACUUCUGGACCAUUUUGACUACUAUGAACUCUGUAUGAAAGCCUGAUGGUACUUUUUUGGGCAAUUUUGAGAUCGGCAAGGUUUGCAUUAGAUAGGAAAAUCAAUAUUAGAAUAUUUGAAAAAUAAACAUCAUGUAGAAACCCGGCAGGACUAUUUAAAAAAUGCGUGUUUGAUAGUGCUUUAAUUUUUGUAGUAUAUAUGUAGCUAUCCCAGAGGAAAAAAAAGACUUUUUGGAAAAAAAUUAGGCGCACCUUAUUUAUUUUUGCCUAACGUCAAAAAAAGUAUUUUUCGUAAAAUUUGUGAAGCAUCUCGUGCCUAAAAGCUUUUUAAAAUGAUGACCUUGUAUUUUGUAUAAACGGAAAGAAUCAAAAUGUGUGUCAACAAAAGAGAUAGACUUAGAGGAAGAUAUUUUGUAAGAUCUCAGUAUUUAAAUGUAAUUUUAGGAAUCGAUUUUUUAUAUAUAUGAUUUGUGACAUCAAACGUACUGUAGCAAUAUAUUCUUGUGUUUAGUUAGUGCAAUUUUUUACAUUCCAUUUUUUUCAGGUUUUGUACUUAAAGUAUAUUGUGAUUUUUUUUUAGAAUAAAUCCUAAGUUAUU